AUGGUAAAGAAAUCAGACAAACCAGCCUCAAAAUCCACAUCCAGGUUAUCUAACCACGAAGAACUCGGUGCAGACAACAACAUUAAAGAAGAACCGUACGUAUGUGCGGGAAACUUCAAGCAAGACUUCGAAGUUCUCUGCCAGAAGUUCACACUCAUCUACACCCCACCCAUCAAACCAAGAAAGCCUAAAAUUAGUGCAAACGUUGACUCCUCCCCUCUGCCUGCUGCCACUCCAAAUAUCGACGAAAGAACUAAAUCCAGUAAAGGUAGCAAGAAGAGUGUAUCUAAAAAUGAACUUAAGUCUGAAUCAGUUGCUACUGUUAAUAAUGAUGCUAGCGAGAAUGAUGCUAAGUGCCCGCCAUCUGGCAAAGACAUAGACAGCAAGGGACAGAAAGAAAGAUAG